CCACAACAAAAUUUUAAAUGUGUUUGAACUAACCAAACGUUGGUAUUACAUUAAAAAUAAAGGUGGUUGUUUUGGGAGCUUAAGGUCACGUGGUUGUCUGUAGAACUCAAAUCCCAUUUGCUUUUAAGGGAUGAAAGUAUUUGUUCGGGAGUGUAAAACUGAUAAAUUGCUUCUUACGUGGGAGAAUGUUUCAUCUGGCACAACGAUUCUUGAUCUUAAAAAUAGAAUUUAUUUGGAAAGAAAAAAGCCUCAAGUAAUUCGACAGAGUAUUCGUCUUGAUCCUCGUGGAAAGUCAAUAGAUGAUAACAAACGCAUAUCUGAAUUUGAAAGCACGGACAAAUCUGGGUGUAUUAAUUUCUAUUUAAAGGAUAUAGGACCACAAAUUGGUUGGCGUACGGUGUUUUUAGUUGAAUACACAGGACCACUAGUAAUAUAUGCAAUAGUUUGGCUUCUUCGACAACCUUUUUUAAAAAAUAACAUGCUUCCUCCUAUUACAUCUGACUUCUACUUGAGAAAAGUUGCCUUAGCCUGUUGGUCUGGCCACUACAUUAAACGUCUACUGGAAACCGUGUUUGUUCAUCGAUUUUCUCAUGCCACUAUGCCAUUGCGUAAUCUGUUCAUCAAUUGUUCAUAUUAUUAUGGAUUCGCUUUGUUCAUCGGAUAUUUUACAAAUCAUCAUUUAUACACACCACCUACCUUCGGUCACACACAAAUAGUUAUAGGCUUCUUCCUUUUCAUGAUUGGCGAAUGGGGAAACUUUUCAUGUCAUUUAGCAUUGAAACGACUUCGACCAGCUGGUUCAACAGUUCGACAGAUACCUUAUCCAAUGAAUGGUUGGUUUUUCACUCGUAUGUUUAACUUAGUGGCAUGUCCUAAUUACACUUAUGAGAUUAUAUCAUGGAUUGGUUUUGCUAUUAUGACGCAAACUUUACCAAUGUUACUGUCCUCCAGCUGGCCUACUUGGCAUAGUGUCCUAAACGGUAUAGUUCAAAUGAAUCUUCACGAUAUACAAACUCAACCACCAUAUUAAGAUAUCCGAUGACGGUUGGAUCAAGACUAAUCAUUAGUGAAUGCAUGAUUAUUGUGUAUAUAUUUUUACAUAUUAAAACAUCUUUUGAACAAUCCUCAAAUGGUUAACCUAUAUCAUUCAUUCUAGCUCUUAUAUUUACUAUUUGUGGAUUCCGUCAAAUGAGUGUUUGGGCUAUCAGUAAAUUAAAAGCGUAUCGUCGUGAAUUCUCGAAUUUUCCAAAAAAUCGAAAAGCAAUUGUACCAUUUAUCCUCUAAUUUCUUUUUUGUUCAUCUUUCUUACUUCAUAAUCAUUCUAUGCAUCAUUGAUAUCCCUAUUGUUACUGGAAUUGUAAUAUUCACUUUUUAUCUCUGUUUGUGGAUUAUGAGCACAAAUAUGUGUAUGUCAUUCUAAUGUAUGUUUUUUUUCUUUUCUAUAAAAUGUAAAAAGUACAUUUUGUUCUUAAAA